GACUCUCCCCCUCUUUCAACCACACACACACUCUCUCUCUCUCUUGAGUCUUGAGUCUUGAGUCUUGAGCAUGCAGCAGGAAGAGAAGAAGAUGAAGGUGAAGAAGGGGUUUCUGGCGGUUCAAGUGAUGGGUUUAGAAGACGAAGAAGAAGAAGAAGAAGAAGAAGGAGGGUCCCCAUCCUCCUCUCGGAGAUUCGUGAUCCCCAUCUCCUACCUCUACCACCCUCUCUUCAAGCGCCUUCUCGACAAAGCCUACGACGUUUACGGCUACCACACCGACGGCCCCCUCAAGCUCCCUUGCUCCGUCGACGACUUCCUCCACCUCCGCUGGCGAAUCCACAAAGAGUCCUCUCCCCACCCACACCACCACACCCACCCUCUCGCUCUCCACUUCCACUCCUGCUAACAACAGAUUAUCUUUUUUACUUUUUAGGACAUGCCCUUCUUCUCAUGUACUCUACAUCAUCAUCAAAAUUGAACAUAUAUAUACUUCCUUUCCAAUUCAUCUUUUUCUA